AUGGCGGACAAGCUGCAUGAGUAUCAGGGUUUCACUGGUCGUUUCCACUGUAUGCGGGAGAAGUACCGGGAACGGGUGUCUAGGUGGAAAGAACAGCAUCCUGGAGGGAUCCGGGAAUCUCUUCGUGACUCUCUCUUCGGGAUACCUGGCACUGAAGAGCCUCAGCGAGUAUGGCAAGACAGUGAAUACAGCGACUUGUAUAGGAGAAAAAGUCGCAUUGAGUUGAUGCGCAUAUCGGCAGCAGUUAUGGGCAUAGAGUUCUCUUACGCCGGGGAGACAGCUUUCGUGUCCCCCACAUUACUCCAGAUAGGGGUCCCCCACCAGCAGAUGACGCUUGUGUGGGCCCUGUCCCCCAUGAUCGGCUUCUUCAUGACCCCGCUGCUGGGGUCACUCAGCGACCGCUGCCGAUCCAAGUUCGGAAGACGACGACCCUUCAUAGUGCUUAUGUCCAUUGGGGUUUUAUUAGGUUUAAUUUUGGUGCCGAACGGGGAAGCAAUAGGGUAUGCUUUAGGAGACCAAGGUCCUGCCAAUCGCACGGAGGUUCCUUCCGUGUUGGGGCCGAGAAGUUCUGCAUUGGAGAAUGAUGGCGGGAACUAUCACCCCUGGGGAGUGCUGUUCACCGUCCUCGGGACAGUCUUCCUGGACUUCGAUGCUGACGCAUGUCAAAGCCCGGCCCGGGCCUAUUUGCUUGAUGUGACAGUUCCAGAGGAUCACGCCAAAGGUCUGAGCACGUUCACUGUGAUGGCCGGUCUUGGAGGCUUCAUGGGGUACGCACUCGGGGGCAUCAACUGGGAUGAGACACGAUUAGGCGAUUUCUUCGGAGGUCACGUACGAGCAGUAUUCUCUCUGAUCACCAUCAUCUUCGUGGUCUGCGUAUCAGCAACGGUCACCAGCUUCAAGGAGAUCCCUCUAGCGGAAUUAACAGAGCAGGAGGAGUUCAGGAAACUGGCCGAGACUGAACGUGCGCAGGAGAGCUUUGAUAUAGAAGAUGGUAUGGAGAAGAAUAACUUGAAGAGAGACGCUGCUACGUAUGGAUCUUUGAAUCAACCGGAGAACGUAAGCGCGAACGUCCCUCCUACCCACGGCGGCAAUCUCUCCCUGCAGCACUACUUGAAGUCCAUCGUGGUCAUGCCAGGCUCUCUGCGCAUCGUGUGCCUGACCAACCUGUUCUGCUGGAUGGCACACGUCUGCUACUCACUCUACUUCACAGACUUUGUUGGAGAAUCAGUCUUUGGAGGCGACCCGGCUGCGCCAGUUGGCAGCGAGAGUCGCACGGAGUAUGAAGCGGGGGUACGCUUUGGAUGCUGGGGUAUGGCCAUGUACUCAUUGUCCUGCGCCUGCUAUUCUACUAUCAUUGAAAGACUCAUCAAGAGGCUCGGCGCUAAGAAGGUGUACGUGGGCGGCCUGUGCACAUACAGCUGCGGCAUGUUCAUGCUGUGCGCGAUCCGCGCCCGCGCAGCCGUACUGCUGUUCAGCUGGACGGCCGGCGUCAUGUACUCCACGCUCUUCACCAUGCCAUACCUGCUGGUCGCGCAUUAUCAUGCUACUGGGACGUGGGACAACGCAGGCGGCGGGUGCGGUCAGGAGCGCGGCAUCGGCACGGAUGUGGCUGUGGUUAGCAGCUGUGUCUUCGUGGCGCAGCUGCUCGUCUCCUUCAUCAUGGGGUUCGCUGUCAAGGCGAUGGGCUCCACCGCUGCUGUGGUGGCCGUCGCCGCCGCCCUAGCAGCCGCUGCAGCUUUCACUGCUACUAAAAUUACCUAUCUUGACCUGUAAAUACUGACUUCAUCGAGGCUUAUGUUCCUGAUGUUUUAGCUAGCUUACUGUUAGUGUGAGAAAGCUUUUUUUAAAAUAUUACAAUUAUGCAAACAACUUUCUAAGAAAUUCUUCCGAUUGCCACAUCCGUGGUGUCGUGGUGGCUUGGUGGCGAGCUGCUGUCUCCUUCAUAAAUAGCUUCGCUGUCAAGGUCAUGGUCUCCACUGCUGUUGUGAUCACCGUUGCCCUAGCUGCUGCUGCAGCUGCCGCUUUCACUGCUACUAAAAAUAUAUACCUUAUCAUGUAAAUAGAUACCUAAAAUUUAAAGAUAUUUUCCUACUUUAAUUCGCAUUCACAUUCUAUGAAAUGGUUUUAUUGAAUUAAUCAAAUUACAAAACUCGGAUGAACAACUUCCUAGAAACUUCUUCCGUUUUAAAUGGUAACCUCUCGAUGAUAAUUUAAUAUAUUUACCACAUCAAAACCUAUAUCAUUAUAAAUAGAGAUUCAUUUCCAAUAAGCUGUUUAUAGGUGUUCUUAGUUUUACAAGUAUCUUCUAUUCUAUAGGAUGUGAAUCAUAUAAUACCACUAAUAUUGUAUGACUGUACAUCGUGUAGUGGAUUUAUUCUGUGUCAAACACAUUCGAAGCGAACUUGUAUGGCUUUUGUAAUCGAGAUAAAAGGAUUGUUCCGUCUGGACUAUUUGAUUGUCGAAUACUAGAUCUAUAGAAACCUUACUAACGUACGUUAGUUCCUAUUGUGGUAUUCAUGACAUUCUGCUCUCUAUAUGAACUACUUAUUUCAUAUGUAUCCACACUGCAAAUAUUGCGUAUGUUUAUGUAAGUAUUUAUUGAAUGUUCAAAACUUAAACGGUAUCAAAGAAUCUAAAUAUAAAAUAAGACUGUAUAAUUAAUUCAAAUAUUAAUCUAUCUGUUUUUUGAUAUA